AUGGUUAAGGGUGAAAAUAAUGGUAAACUCAACGAGGAGAGUAAUGCCGUAAGUUAUUUUUGGUGUUUUAUGGCACACUAUUAAUGAUUAUGAUAAUAGAGAGCUUACAUUUGUUAAACACAAGAGGUUAUCAAUAUUAAUAUGAGUUUUUAAAAAAAUAUGAAGAAAAAUUACUCAAAUAGGUAGGAAGAGCUUCAAAACAUAAAUCUUUCAAAAAAUGGGUCUUGAACAAACCAAUUUUACCAAUAAUCUUUGUUUAACCUUUCUCUCUUGCCACGCUUUUCUAACACUUGGCAUUCUGUUGCAAUGUGAAAAAAAUGUCGUAUUUUUGACAUUUUUCCCAAUCUUCGUUUGAAAUUGUGUAAAAUCAUAUUAAUAUUACUGUAUUUUUGCUAAUUUUGUCGUAUAUUCUUCUAAUCUUAUAUAUUUUUCAAUUUUCUAAUUAUUCAUUUACCAUAAUAUCGAAAAACCUAUUAUAAUAUCAAAAUGAUGGUCGGGACGGACGAAAUCAGCAACCCAACAAUUGAAGAGAUUCCUCUUCAAACUGUCGAUAACAGAAGGAAUUCAGAGAAUGGUGUGUUGAAUCAAGAAGAGAUCAAUCAAGGUCACAAUUAUGAUCAACUACCUUCUUCAUCUGCUCAAAAUCCAAGACCCGAGGCUAAGAAGAGGUCUGGCGUUUUGCCAGCUCAAACAGGUCAAUUCUACAAGAAACUCAAGGACACCAAGGUUUGAUCUUUGUCUUUUUUGUUGUUUUAGGGGAUUUCUCUUAUCUUCAGAGGUCUAAAAUAUUAAUGUUGGUAGACUUGUCUGGUUUUCUAUAAUUAUCAAUGUUGUCUUGCACAGAAUUGUGUAAUCUUAUUUUGCGGACAUUUAUUUACAUGUGCAAGGAGAUUACAACUUAAUUUUAGAGGAUUAGCUCGAGAUUUUUGAAGUUUUGGCAAGUGUAAUAUUGCACAUAUUGAUGUCAAAAAUAAUAAUUUUGACAUGAAAUUGGUUGAUUAUUGAUUUACUGUAUACUAUAUUGCUAAUAAUAUUAUUUCAGUUAAUGAAUGGCCGCAGCAAACCGCAGAAAUCCACCUUCUCAGAAUUUUUGUAUAACAAAAACGAGGGUACCUGCUUGGGUCGAACCGCAAAAUCAUGGUGUAAGUGCAAUGUUUGCUCAUCGUAUUUAGUAUCGGCUUGAUCUACGAUUUUUCUCGAGUGUUGCAAUGUUUUGAAUUUAGGAUUUGGGUCGUUUUUUGAUACAGAUAUAAAGAUUGAAAGCAGAAUAUUAGAAAAUUAAAUUUUAGUCGGAAAAACGGAAUUUCAAGCAAAAAAAUGAAACUCUAGUUGAAAAUUGGUUGAAUUUCAAAUUUUGAAGCAUAUUUUCACUUUUAAAGGACUUUUUGGUAUUUCUAAACUGAUUUUGAUAUUUUCAAGGCUUUUGAAAACAAUAACAACAAUAUUUUGAUGUUGUUUACUAGUUGACGAGAUGAUUUUAGAUAAUAUUUUGUUUAUUUUUAUUACAGACUACUAACGUUUUGAAGUUUAAGAUGUUAUCUAUCGUAUUUGACAAAAUUAUCAGUAAAAUCAGAGGAAAUAACAAAGAAUUAGCAAGUUUUAUGUUGUACAUGAAACCUGUUUUUAGGUUAUAAUUUCAAGUUUUUGGAAUAAUUUGAGGUACAGCUAGGAGUGAUAAGAGAAAAGGUGGCAUUUUAAUAAGAGUUUGGUCAUAUUUUUUGUAUUUUAUUUUAAAAAUUUUGUUGAAAAGUUUAAAAAUUGUGGAAAUUUGGUUUUGGACUAUUUUUUGACACAACAAAGGCGUAUGACAAUAUUUUCAGGUCAAAUUACCAUCUUCUACAUUAUCUUCUACACGAUCUUGGCCGCCUUCUGGCUGGGUUGUCUUUAUGCAUUCUUGUCUACCACAGAUCCUCAACUACCUCGGUUCUACGGAAAAGGAACCAUCAUUGGAGCCAAUCCAGGUAAUGACAAUAUUUUGAUUAUCUUGGAUAAAACUUUGAUUUUUCGCAUUCUUAAAAGCAAAAAAUUUAAAAAAAACUUUGAAGGAACUGAUAACGUUGAUUUGAGUUAUAUUUUAGAUGAUUUUUAAAACGGUAUUUUAGCUUGAUUUUGGUAAUUUUGGGCUUUAAAGCAUUUUUUAAAUCAUUUCUGAAUUUUUGGUUUUUUAGAUAUCUGAAACAUUUUAAAACAUAAUUAAUAUCCACUGUAUGUUCAACACGCCUCCUUUCGAUUCAUUUUAAAAUGACUUUUUCUUUUUCGAUCGCUCAGUUCAAUUGACCUCUCAAAUUAAAAAUCGAAAAUUUUAGUUGAUACAUGUGCAUGCAUGUGCUUUUAUAAAUAUUAAAUCAAGAAAAUGUAACAAAAACGGCAAUAUAGGUUAUAAAAUGGCAGUUUUAUACAAUAUAGGCUGCAAAAUAAGUGUUUAGGAAGAUGAAAACCUUUAAAAAAUAAUUAUUUGACGUUUAGUGUAACGUCAAAAUUCGAUAUUUUUGGAAAAAUUUUUUAUUUUUUUGGAAGAGAAGCGAUUAUAAAACUAAUCGAGAGUGACAAGAAAAUAGAGAGUCGGAAAUGUCUGAUGCUCGGGCUUAUAAAUAAAAACAAAAUAUUGUUUUUUUUGGCUAGAAAAAACGUGGGAUAUUGCAAUUACAACAAUAAAAUUACAGCAGACGAAAAAUUUAAAAAUAAUGUAAAAUACGUUGUUUCUUUUAUAGGGUUAUAAAGAACAUUAAAACAUGAGUACCAAAAACAUCUAAAUAAAAAUUACUUCUAGGUGUGGGCUACCAACCAUGGCUGAAAGAAGACCCCGAGUCGACGUUAAUCAAGUUCAACCCCGCCGACCCCGACUCGUAUAAGCGGUACGUGGAGGUGCUGGACAAGUACUUUGCCAAGUACGAGAAUGACAACAACACCCGCGUCUGCUCGGGCUCCGAAUCCAACGGCGACAUCAUCAAGGACGGCAAGGUUCAGGAUGGCAACAUGACGCCAUGCCGAUUCGAUCUAACCGCCUUCCAGAAGGCGGGCUGUAUGAAGAGCCGAGACUACGGCUUUAAAGACGGCACUCCAUGUGUGGUUGUGUCACUGAAUCGCCUGAUCGGAUGGGCUCCAGAAAGCUACGCAGCCGGUGAGGUGCCGGCCGAGGUUAAAUCGCGGUACAAGAAGAACAACAUUGCUUUCCACUGCAAAGGAACGGUGAGGUUUUGUAGUGAAUUUUGAAGGGGAAACGUGAUUCCACAAGGCAAUUUUCGGUGUUUUUAGAGUUUUUUUGGCUUUAAAUGAUAUUUUAUAGUCGAAGAAUGUUGUUUUUGCUUUUAUUUUUAGAUUAAAUUAAUCUAAACGUUCAAAAACUAUUUUAAAAAUGGUUUAAAAUUGAGUUUUAGGCUUAAAAAUAACAAAAAUAAAUAUUAAGGCUUUUUUGAUUAUACAAUUUAAUUUCAGCACAAUGUUGAUCAAGAACACGAAGGACCAAUCGAAUACGUACCUCCAGAAGGCAUUGACGGUCGUUUCUACCCAUACGCUGUGAUGGAGAACUACCAACAACCUAUUGUAAGUCUAUUUUCUUUGAAUCUUGAUGAUUUAGGGAAAGCGAAAUUAUUUUAGGGCUUAAGAUGAUGUUUGUAGGAAGCUUAUCUCCUUUAUUUUUAUCAAGAUUGAAAACAACCGAUCAAUAUUUUACUUAAAAGCUUUGUUAUAACGAUGAAAUGGGCUAUUUAAAUAAUAAAAACUUAAAACCCCACGCCAUUGCAGGCUCUGAUCAAGUUCAAGAAACUGCCACUGAACCGCCUGACCAUGAUCGAGUGCCAGGCCUACGCCAAGAACAUUGAACGGAACCCGAUCGAUGGUCUGGGCACGGUCAACUUUGAACUGUUCAAGGUGGACGGGUCCGCCAAGAACAAGAAGGAGCUCUGA